AGCAGACAUGUUGAGGGAAAUGUGCAUCAGUGUGAUCUCUGCUGAUGUUGGUUCUGUCCCACUGAUUCCAUUCUAGGGAAUGUUAACUGUCAGGGAUUUACAGCCUGAUGGGAGCUUCUGCUUUCAUGAAGAACAGGGUUUGUACAAGUUGUGUUGGACGUUGAGUGACAUGAAAAAGGUUGAAUGUAGAAAUAAUGGGUCACAUGAAAUGAGUGGGAAUCAGCCUGUAAAAUGUGCUCUUAUUGUGAAAGUCUGCCUGCUGCUUCCUCAUAGGUGGAGUCCUGACUGGUUCCAGGAAACAGAUCACCUGUCUGAGCGUCCAGGAGUGGACUGGAAACUUUCUUCUUCGUCUUCAGCGCUUUGAAUAAAGUGUGAAGGUAGAAAGUGUGUGUGAGCUGCUGUGAGUUGAGCAUCAUGGAUGAGUGUGAGGACAGAGAGGAGGGAGUCCCUCCCUCUAAAAGCUCUCUGUGUGGGGAACAGGAGAACCAGAGCAAAGCUCAGAGGAAUCCACCUGGACCUGGACCUGGACCUGGAUCCAGCUGUUUGUCUUUGAAGAGUGACCGGUCUAAGGGUCUUCCUAUUAACUUUAAAGGAGAACCAGGUCCUGAAGUAAGAGGAAAGAAGAAGCAUUUUCCUUCCCGGUGGUUUUCCUCUCUAUUUACCAGAAUCCAUCAGAGACCAGAUUCUGCAGUCCAGCAGCAUCACCUGGACUCCAUAUUCAUGCUGCUGGAGGACAACAUGGUGACUUUUGUGAAGAAGGAGCUGAAGAAGAUGCAGAAGCUUGUGAGUCCAGAUUACCCAGAAUGCUCCUCAGAGAGUCAGAGGGAGGAUGAGGAGGAGUUGGAGGGUGGUGAUGAAGAUGAGAGGAGCAGCAGAGAGAUGUUUGAGCAGAUCACAGUGUUGUUCCUGAGGAGGAUGAAGCAGGAGAAGCUGGCUGACUGUCUGCAGAGCAAACUUGCUGCUGGAGUUUGUGGACGUGAACUUAAACGUGGUCUGAAGAAGAAGUUCCAGAGAGUGUUUGAGGGCAUCGCUAAAGCAGGACAGAAGACCCUCCUGAAUGAGAUCUACACAGAGCUGUACAUCACAGAGGGAGGGACUGCAGAGGUCAAUGAUGAACAUGAGGUCAGACAGAUUGAAGCAGCAUCCAGGAAAGCAGACAGAGCAGAAAGAAGCAUCAGAGCAGAAGACAUCCUUAAAGGCUCACCUGGAAGAGAUGGACCAAUCAGAACAGUGAUGACAAAGGGAGUGGCUGGCAUCGGGAAAACAGUGUUAACACAGAAGGUGACUCUGGACUGGGCUGAAGACAAAAGCAACCAGGACAUCCACUUCAUGUUUCCAUUGACUUUCAGAGAGCUGAAUGUGGUGAAAGAGAGAAAGUUCAGCUUGAUGGAACUUGUUCAUCACUUCUUCAGUGAAACCAAAGCAGCAGGAAUCUGCAGCUUUAAAUACUUCCAGGUUGUGUUGAUCUUGGACGGUCUGGAUGAGUGUCGCCUUCCUCUGGACUUCCACAACAAUGAGGUCCUGACUGAUGUUAGAGAGUCCACCUCAGUGGAUGUGCUGCUGACAAACCUGAUCAGGGGGAAGCUGCUUCCCUCUGCUCGCCUCUGGAUAACCACACGACCUGCAGCAGCCAAUCAGAUCCCUCCUGACUGUGUGGACAUGGUGACGGAGGUCAGAGGGUUCACCGACCCACAGAAGGAGGAGUACUUCAGGAAGAGAUCCAGAGAUGAGGAGCAGGCCAGCAGCAUCAUCUCCCACAUGAAGAAGUCACGAAGCCUCCACAUCAUGUGCCACAUCCCAGUGUUCUGCUGGAUCACUGCUACAGUUCUGGAGGAGCUGCUGAGAAGCAGAGAGGAAGGAGAUCUGCCCAGAACCCUGACUGAGAUGUUCAUCCACCACCUGGUGGUUCAGGCCAAAGUCAAGAAGGUCAAGUAUGAUGGAGGAGCUGAGACAGAUCCACACUGGAGUCCAGACAGCAGGGGGAUGAUUGAGUCUCUGGGAAAACUGGCUUUUAAUCAGCUGCAGAAAGGAAACCUGAUCUUCUAUGAGUCUGACCUGACAGAGUGUGGCAUCGAUGUGGAAGCAGCCUCAGUGUACUCAGGAGUGUUCACACAGAUCUUUAAAGAGGAGAGAGGGCUGUACCAGGACAAGGUGUUCUGCUUCGUCCAUCUGAGUGUUCAGGAGUUUCUUGCUGCUCUUCAUGUCCAUCAGACCUUCAUCGACUCUGGAAUCAACCUCCUGGAAGAACAACAACAAACAACAUCCUGUUGGUCUGAAAUGUUCCAAAGUUAUUCAAGAGGUUUCUACCAGAGAGCCGUGGACGAGGCCUUACAGAGUCCAAACGGGCACCUGGACUUGUUCCUGCGCUUCCUCCUGGGUCUGUCACUGCCGACCAAUCAGAAUCUCCUACCAGGCCUGCUGUCACAGACAGGAAGUAGCUCACAGACCAAUCAGAAAACAGCGGAGUACAUCAAGGAGAAGAUCAGUGAGAAUGUGUCUGCAGAGAGAAGCAUCAAUCUGUUCCACUGUCUGAAUGAACUGAAGGAUGUUUCUCUAGUGGAGGAGAUCCAACAGUCCCUGAGAUCAGGACGUCUGUCCACAGAUAAACUGUCCCCUGCUCAGUGGUCAGCUCUGGGCUUCAUCUUACUGUCAUCAGAAGAACAUCUGGACGUGUUUGACCUGAAGAAAUACUCUGCUUCUGAGGAGGUUCUUCUGAGGCUGCUGCCAGUGGUCAAAGCCUCCAAGAAAGUUGUACUGAGUGGUUGUAAUCUGUCAGAGAGAAGCUGUGGAGCUCUGUCCUCAGUCCUCAGCUCCCAGUCCUCCAGGGUGACAGAGCUGGACCUGACUAACAACAACCUGCAGGAUUCAGGAGUGGAGAUUCUUUCUGCUGGACUGGAGAGUCCACACUGUAAACUGGAAGCUCUCAGACUGAGUGGCUGUAAUCUGUCAGAGAGAAGCUGUGGAGCUCUGUCCUCAGUCCUCAGCUCCCAGUCCUCCAGUGUGACAGAGCUGGACCUGACUAACAACAACCUGCAGGAUUCAGGAGUGGAGAGUCUUUCUGCUGGACUGGAGAGUCCACACUGUAAACUGGAAGCUCUCAGACUGAGUGGCUGUAAUCUGUCAGAGAGAAGCUGUGGAGCUCUGUCCUCAGUCCUCAGCUCCCAGUCCUCCAGUGUGACAGAGCUGGACCUGAGUCACAACAACUUGCAUGAUUUAGGAGUGGAGAGUCUUUCUGCUGGACUGGAGAGUCCACACUGUAAACUGGAAGCUCUCAGACUUAAUUACUGUAAUCUGUCAGAGAGAAGCUGUGGAGCUCUGUCCUCAGUCCUCAGCUCCCAGUCCUCCAGUCUGACAGAGCUGGACCUGACUAACAACAACCUGCAGGAUUCAGGAGUGGAGAGUCUUUCUGCUGGACUGGAGAGUCCACACUGUAAACUGGAAGCUCUCAGGCUGCCAGGCUGUCUGGUCACAGAGGAAGGCUGUGCUUCUCUGGCCUCAGCUCUGAGCUUGAAGACCUCAAAUCUGAGAGAGCUGGACCUGAGCUACAACCAUCCAGGAGACUCAGGAGAGAAGAUGCUGAGAGCUAAAGUGGAGGAUCCACACUGUAGACUGGAAACUCUCAGGGUGACGCCUGCUGGAGUCCGAUGGUUGACACCAGGUCUGAGGAAGUAUUCCUGUCAACUCACAGUCGACACAAACACAGUAAACAGAAAACUCAAACUGUCUGACAACAACAGGAAGGUGACACGUGUGGAGGAGGAUCAGUCGUAUCCUGAUCAUCCAGACAGGUUUGACUACUGGGAACAGCUGCUGUGUGAAACUGGUCUGACUGGUCGCUGUUACUGGGAGGUGGAGUGGAGAGGAAAGGUUGAAAUAUCAGUGAGUUACAGAGGAAUCAGAAGGAAAGGAAACAGUGAUGACUCUGAGUUUGGACUUAAUGAUCAGUCCUGGAGUCUGAUCUGCUCUGAUCGUUGUUAUUCUGUCAUUCACAAUAACAGUCAAACAUCCAUCAGGUCCUCCUCAGUCUCUGACAGAGUUUCAGUUUAUGUGGAUGUUCCUGCUGGAACUCUGUCCUUCUACAGAGUCUCCUCUGACUCUCUGAUCCACCUCCACACCUUCAACACCACAUUCACUCAAACUCUCUAUCCUGGAUUUGGGUUCUUCUUGUUCUGGUCUGAUUCUUCAGUGAUUCUGUGCUGAGUUGAGUCUCCAGAGUCUCCUCCUGGUAGAUAAACAGUGUUGAACAGAUAGUUGAGUCUCUCCAUGACUCUGUCCCUCACAAACAUGUUUUCACAUUCAUGGAUUAAAUGUGUUUCUUUGUCAAAUCCUUCUAAAUGAUUCCUUGUAAACUUGUUCCUCUUCAAAGAUGGAAGUUGUGAUUAUUCCAGGAGCCAAAUGUGGUGUUUGCGUCUUUUUCCAGUCAAAUGUUGAGAGUGAAAAUCAGGAUGUGGUGUUCCUCUGAUGCUCACUUGAACUAAAAGCAUUUGAGCUGCACAAAGUGUGAAAUGAGAGAGGAAGCAGUGAAUCUCCAAACUGCUGACAGACUUUCACACAUUAUUGUCCAGUGAAAAUCAGCUUUUUGUGCAGCCACACUUGAUCCUGAUGUGAGUCUUUAAGUCCUGUUCUCGUGAUGAAAUGAGAACUUCCUUCAUCUGUAUCACUCUUUCCAAAGUAUUCUGUGCUCUUCUGUCAUUUAUGUCUUAUUGAUAGAUCCAUUCUUAAUUUUUACAAUAAAUAAGUGCUUCAAUGUUUUGUCAUCAGUUUUUUUUAUAAGAUUCUGAAUUUCUGGUUUCAUCAACAAAUUCUACCAGAUUUAUUUUUCCAUCAAAGCUCCCAUAACCCUAGCUAUCUCUGGAUCAAAAUGUUUUCAGCAUCGAUAUGAUUCCAGUAGAAUUUAAACCCACCAGGACUAUCCAGAUUACAUUGAACUCCGUAAAUUAAACAUUUUUUAGCCUGUUUCAUUCUAUAAAUGUUGUGUUGGGCCGUUAAAGGAGGUUUUCCUCACAUUGUGGUGUAUUUGAACCCUUCCAUGGUCUAAAUUCUUUGAACAGAUCUUGUGCUGUAAUCAAUGUCUAACUUAGUUUUUAUUUUCAUUGCAGUGGUUGAUUUUUCCUGAACAAGAUCAAUGAUUUUAAUCCGUCUUUCUCCACUUUUAUUUGCUCUACCUGUGGCUUUUAAACUAUUCUAGCUUUCUUUUUUAUUCAAUAAAUGACUAAUAACACA